AUGACUGAGGAGGACUUGUACAUUUCAUAUAAAGGCAUUAAGCUGCCUAAAAUUGCCCACACUCCAGAGAGCCUCAAACACUUCGAGGAGUUCACCUUUCGUCCGGACGACGUGCUCAUCGUGACGUACCCCAAGUCCGGCACAACCUGGAUGCAGGAGAUUGUCCCUCUGAUUCUUAGCGGAGGAGAUCCAGCCUCAGUUGAGACUCUUCAUAACUGGGACCGUGUCCCUUGGCUAGAGGAGCAUCGAGCUCUGGUUCUCAACCUGGAGGACAGACCGUCCCCACGCAUGUUCACAACUCAUUUUCUCGAUGACAUGAUGCCAGCAUCUUUCUUUGCAGUAAAACCAAAGGUGAUCUACGUCAUGAGGAACCCCAAAGAUGUGUUCACGUCUUUAUUUCACUAUCAUGUUAUGGCGUCCUUCCUGGUGAAUCCAGUCCCACAGAGCGAGUUCCUCCACAAGUUCCUUGACGGACGAGUUGUAUUUGGCACGUGGUUUGACCACGUAAAGAGCUGGCUGAAUGUUGGCGAGGGCCAGCAGAUGCUGUACAUCUCCUACGAGGAGAUGGUGAAGGACCUGAAGGACUCUGUGAGAAGAAUCGCUCAGUUCCUGGAGAAGCCGCUGGAUGCUGAGGUGGUAGAGCAGAUCGCCAACAGGUGUUUGUUUAAGAACAUGAAGAAAAACAGCAUGUCCAACUAUUCAGUGGUUCCAUGUGAGAUCAUGGACCAGACAAAGUCUGAAUUCUUCAGGAAAGGAGUAGUUGGCGACUGGCAGAACCAGCUGACGGCAGCAGAGGCAGAGUACUUUGAUGCUGUUUACAAAGAGAAGAUGAAAGAUGUGAAGUACACGUUUCCAUGGGAUUAA